UUGUGCAUGCGCGUUGGCGGGAAAGUUCCGGUCUUGGUCGAGUAUGUUGCAUGGAUUCUUGACGUUUAAGAACGCAAAAAAUAGCAUGUGAAACCAUAUAUUCAGAAAGAUACGCUUCUACCACGUCUAGUAAUGGAAAUAUUGCGUUCCAACUUUUCACAAUGCCUGCCAAUUGUGUCCGAAGCUAUUGAAGAGGCAUCCUUUUUAGCAGUUGAUGCUGAAUUCUCGGGACUAAAUUCACAUUGGAAGCAGCAAAAUGCGCUUGACUCUCCGCAAGAACGCUACACGAAGCUCAAGAACACUUCUCAUGAUUUCAUUAUCGUUCAGUUUGGACUGUGUGCCUUUAUUUGGAAUGAAAAUCUGAAUAAAUAUAUAGCAAAACCGUUCAACUUCUACAUUUUCCCUAGGCAAAUCCACAGAUCUACUCCUGAUGUGAGGUUCCUUUGCCAAAGCUCAAGUCUCGAUUUUCUCUCUGGUCAUAAUUUUGACUUUCAAAAGUGGAUAACCCAAGGCAUCUCGUACCUAAGGCCAUACGAUGAGCAAAAACUACGGGACAACUUUCAAGAACGCCAGGCUGAGCACAGCUUUGGUCCAUUCACAUCUCCGCCAGUACACUCGCCAACUGGGAGUUCAACCAAGAAUGUAUACAAGACCCCAGUUAUAGUCCCACCAGAGCACCAGGAAUUUGUCAGUGGGGCAUGCAGUAAGAUUGAAGAAAUGGUGAAAGACCCAGAUGGAAAAAGGACUUCACUUCCACCAUGCAAUGGCUAUCUCAGAAAGCUUAUAUACCAAACUGUGAAACAUCGGUUUAGAUCAGGUAUACAUCUGGAGAAGAACAUGAAUGAGAAGAAAGAAUGCUUCAUAGUGGCAACUAAAGUUGAUGAUAAUGAGAAGAAAACGUUUGAAGAGGAAAAAAUGGCAAAAGAGGAUGAGCUGAUUGAGAGUGCUGUUGGUUUUUCUGCUGUUAUGAAGAUGAUAUCAGAUUCUGGAAAACUUGUUGUUGGUCAUAAUAUGCUUCUUGACCUGCUUCAUAUUGUUGACCAGUUCUUCUGCCCUUUGCCGGCUGAUCUGGAUGACUUCAAGGCCACCGUCCAAUCUCUGCUGCCCAGAGUUCUUGACACUAAAGUCAUGGCAACAACUCAGCCAUUCAAAAACCACCUUCCAUCUACUGUGCUUGGAGAUUUAGUGAAACAUUUGACUGUAAGUCCAUUUAGAAGGCCAGAAGUUUUUACGGAUCAGCAAUUCAGUUUGUAUGAGGAAGGCUCUGAAAACCUACAUGAGGCUGCAUAUGAUGCCUAUAUAACAGGACUGUCAUUUGUAUCCAUGGCUAAUUACCUGGGGAGUUUCCAAGACCCUCCCAAGGUGCACAUUUCUCCCGACUCAGCCCUUGUUACCCCUUUUAUCAACAAGAUCUUUAUGAUGCGAAUGGAGGACAUCCCCUACCUCAACUUGGCAGGACCAGAUCUCAAGCCUGCAAGGGAUCAUGUGUUCUUCUUGACAUUCCCAAGUUCCUGGAAAUAUGUUGAUAUCUUGGAUUUAUUCAGCCCAUUUGGAUUUGUCUAUGUUUCUUGGCUGAAUGAUGUCUCUGCCUAUGUGUCUCUUGCAGUAAGGAAUAAAAGCAAGGCUGUGCUUGAUGCGCUCGAUGUGUAUGAUGCUCCAUAUACAAUCACUAGCUAUGCUGAGUACCAUGGCGAUGUCAUGUCUAGGUCGAAUGAAAUCCAUGACGACGGCCAGACAAGCCCACAAGGUGUAGUACAAGGUGUUAAGAGACAGCAUACUAGUGAGAAAGAAGACAAUGCAGAUGAGGAAGGUGAGAAGAAGUCUAAAACAAGACUCUCUACACAGGAGCUAGAGGAUGGGGAAAUAGAUGAGCCUGAAGAACCUGUAGCAAAGAAGAAGAAAGUGUUUGAGGAACCCGAAGACUGGUGAUCACCAAGUUUCAGAUCAUCUUUUAAAGAAUGAUUGACAUGACACUACAUAUUUCAAUAUAUGUACUGAACAAAGAAUGAUUAGUAUAGAAGGGGUUAAUUGUUUUCUAAAUAUUUACCUAUUCAACUGUUGUUUUUGUCGUAUUAGUGUAGUAUAAAAGACAACUCCAGCAUAUGAAAACUGAAUCUUUUUAUACAGUA